UCCAAGCAGCUUCUUUCCAUCUCUCCCAUCGCUGCUUGAAAAUACUCAAAGAUAAGGCAGCAGAAUGGUGGGGAUCCCAGUCAUUUUAGGGGCUCUUCUGGGGAUUCUUCAUCUUCUGUACUAUCUGAGACAGCUGUGGUCACGGCGACUGUAUCCCCCUGGACCCUUUGCCUUUCCUGUCGUUGGAGGUCUAUGGCGGGUAAAGUUUGGGAUUAAUGCCAAUCACAAGACAUUGAUAAAGAUGGCAGAUCAAUACGGAGACAUUUAUACUUUGUGGGCAGGACAUAUACCUAUGGUAUUCAUGAAUGGAGUCGAAGCUGUGAAAGAAGGACUCACCAUGGAAGAAUUUUCAGAUCGGUUACAGAGCCCAUAUAUUAAAACUCUAUCAAGAGAAAAGGGUAUUGGAUUUUCAAACGGUCUUAUCUGGAAGCAGCAGAGACGUAUUGGCCAAGCUACGAUGCGGAAGUUAGGAGUUGGAAAAAAAAGUGUGGAGGCACAAAUAGAAGCAGAAGUCCAGCAGCUUAUAGAGGUUUUUUCACGCAAGAAAGGUGAGCCGUUUGAUCCAGCAUUGGCCACCACCAAUUUGGUGUGCAAUGUGAUAUGUGCCCUGACUUUUGGACACCGGUUUCCCCUUGAAGAUGGACGCUUCAGGGAACUGAUUGAUGCCAUUGAGUAUAUCUUCAAAGUUGGAGGAACUCCCUUUCAUAUAUUGUAUGAAGUGCUCCCAUCGGUCAUGGACCACCUUCCAGGGCCUCACAAGAAGGCACUUCAAGCCACGGAGAUGGUGGUUUCCUUAGCACGUGAAGAAAUACAGAGGCAUAAGGAGCAGCAGUCCACUCAUGAGCCACAGGAUUUCAUUGAUUUCUACCUUCUUGAAAUGGAGAAAGAGAAGACGAAGCACGAUCCUACCUCUACAUAUGAUGAAGAAAACCUGGCUCAGAGUAUUCACGACUUCUUUAUCGGUGGAACAGAAACAAGUGCUACUACUAUGAAAUGGACAUUCAUCCUUUUGGCAAACCGUCCAGAAGUCCAAGAUAAAAUCGUCAAGGAAAUAGAGAACCUUUUGGGUGAUGCUUCCACCUGCUAUGAAGAUAUUAGGAAGAUGCCUUUCACUAACGCUGUGCUUCAUGAGAUUCAGCGGUACAGAUAUUCCAUGCUAAUGGGAGUUGGAAGGCAAGCUACCAAAGAUGUGAAAAUAAAAGGUUAUACCAUCCCAAAGGGGACAUUUGUUAUGCCCAAUCUACGCUCAGCUCUUCUUGAUCCUAAUCACUGGAAGACUCCUGACGAAUUCAAUCCUGAUCAUUUUUUGGACAAGGAUGGGAAUUUUGUUCCAAAAGACGGGUUUCUGGCAUUUGGUGCAGGAACUCGCUCGUGUUUGGGGAAGGACCUGGCAAGGAUGGAGUUAUUUCUUGUGGUGACCCACCUCUUGAGAGAGUUCCGUUUCAAGCCGCCUCCAGGAGUCCAAAAAUUGGAUGAAGAGCCAUCGAUGGGACUGACAUUGCCACCCAAACAUUACAAAAUGUGUGCUGUUCCUCGCUAUAGUUAAAUCGUAAAGCAUGCAAAAAUAAUUGCAGUGCUUUAUUAUUUAUUGCUGUAAUUUGAAAGGAUUCAAAGAGCUAUCAAUGCUUAACUAUCUUGUCUAUUUCUAGUGAAAGAAGAUUUUGCCAAACUGUCUUAGACUGUUACACACACGCACACGCAUACCACCGUGCAGUUUCCAGAGGUUGGGUGGUCAUAUUUGUAUGUGAAAGACAGCAAAUGUCUAUGCUGGAUUGGUUCUAUCACAUGGGUUGCAACUCACAGAAUCAUGGAAUUGAAUAGACCCCAAAGGCCAUCUAGUCCAUCAACCCCUUCCAUGCAGAAAAAUAUAAUCAAAGCACUCUCAACAGAUGGCCACCCAGCCUCUGCUUAAAAACUUCAAGAGAAGGAGACUCUGUCACAACUCCAAGGCAACAUAUUCCACUGCUGAACAGCUCUAACCAUCAGGAGGUUCUUCUUAAUGUUUAUGUGGCAUCUCUCUUCCUGAAAUAUGAACCAAUUGCUCUAUGUCCCGAGUCUCUAGAGCAGUGUUUUGGUCUACAACUCCCAAAAAUCUCAGUCAGUUUACCAGUUGUUAGGAGCCCCCGGUGGCGCAGUGGGUUAAAGCACUGUGCCGGCAGGACUGAAGAUCGACAGGUCGCAGGUUCGAAUCCGGGGAGAGGCGGAUGAGCUCCCUCUAUUAGCUCCAGCUCCUCAUGCGGGGACAUGAGAGAAGCCUCCCACAAGGUUGAUAAAACAUCAAAAAUCAUCCAGGCGUCCCCUGGGCAACGUCCUUGCAGACGGCAAAUUCUCUCACAACAGAAGCGAUUGCUCCUGACACGACAAAAAAACCCCAAAAACCAGUUGUUAGGAUUUCUGGGAAUUGAAGGCCAAAAUAUCUCGGGACCCACAGGUUGAGAACCACAGCUCAAGAGCCACUGAAAGCAAGCUUUCCCCCUCCUCAAUAUGACAUGUUUUCAAAUAUUUGAACAUUGUUGAUCUGGAUUAUAUGGCAGUCUACCCAGAGUGCUUCCAGACAGCACUAAAUCACGAGUUUAAAACAGGGGCAAAAAAUCCCAGGACUUCAGAAGAGGUCUACAUACAGAUCUGUUGGUCCCGGGAUUUCUGCCUCCGUUGUCCAGAAUUGAUGCUUUGUUGCGAGAUUUAGAGGCUCCCAAGAUGGCCACAGGAUUUCCGCCGGAAACUUUGGCAGAUUUUUUUUUAAAAAAACUCUUAAGAUGCAGAUAUGCGGAGAAUCACUGCAGCGAAUCACUGCAAAAGUUCAGUUCGUUGUCCUGAUUAGAGAAACUGUGCCCUCCACAAACUGCAUGAAGUUUCUGUCACACAAACAAAGUUUUUGCCAUCUACUCAACUGACACCAUCUUUUUAGGAACCGAAAAAAUAAGGAACAAACAUCUAAAACCCAGGAAAAAACCCAGAUUUUAAAAAAAUCCAUGAUUUCCAAUUGCAGGGACAUACAGACAUGCAAAGAUCGGCAUAUUUGGCUCAAAAUAGCAAUAUUCCCGCACCUGUAAAUCUCGCGAUUUUGCCCUUUGUAGUGAUUGCUUCUGCAUUUACAGCGUUUGCUGUGGAAGCUCCUGGGAUAAAAGUACUGUCUGGAUGGGCCCCCAGUUUUCUUUUCUCCAAUCCAAACAUACCCAGCUCUGGGUUCUUGUAGGUUUUUUCGGGCUAUAUGGCCA